AUGCCGUUCCACGCCCCGCUCGCCUCGCAAGACCGCGCCGUCCUCGCUCGCGCGCACCCACCCCCGCCGAGCGCCCGCUCCCCGCCCACCGCCGCCGCACCCUCCCCCUCGACCUCAUCGGCACCGCCUCCCGGCCCGCGCACCACCGCGACGCUGCGCCUCCCUGCGCCACCGCCGCCGCCCAAGCCGCUGUACCUCUCGACGCGGCGCGGGCGCACUCGGCCGGCGGGACUCGGCGCUGCGGGCGACGACGAUGACGGGGCGGGCGAGGGCGGGAUCCGCGAGCGAGGGUACGAGGGGCCGGCGACGAGGAGCAGCAGGGGGCAGAGAGGGGCGCUGCCGAGGUGGAGCGUCGCAGAGGAGGAGCCGGCGGCGGUUGGUCAGCGCGACGAGCGGGAGGAGGACGACGGCGAGGACGAGGCGGGCACGGUCAAGGGUGGCGCGCAGGUCUCGGGACAGGAGGACCAGGGCGAGCGCAUGGAGAAGCGCGAGGCGCGCGCCGCCCUCGAGGCGCUCUUCGCGCCGGCGCCGACUGCACCUUCCGCUCCCUCGCCGACUCGCCUCGACCCGCCCGCCGCAGCGCGCGAGCCCUCAUCGGCCUCAACAGCCUCGUCGACGUUCAGCGACGCAUACCGCACGCCCGUCGGGACGCUCAAGGCGCGAGGCGCGGCGUCGACGCUCCGGUUCCGCGGCCGCUCGCCCGGUCGCGUCAGCAUCUACUUUGACACGGCGCAGGAGAACCCGUUCGCCCGGCCGCCGUCACCGCCAUCGCCUCCAGCACUCGAGGGCGCCCCGGGCGACGCAGCCGCAGCGCCGCUCCUCGAGCUCCCGCUCGGACCCGCGCAGCCCGCCCUCGCGCUGCACGCCUUCGCGGGCGAGACGGCGUUCGGCGAGCUGUCGUUCGCGCAGGGUGCGGUGCUGCGCAUCGAGGUCGAGGACGUCGGCGGCGGGUGGAGCUUGGGGUGGCGGGAGGAGGAGGGCGACGAGGGGAGAGGGUUGGUGCCGAGGGGUUGGUACGCGUACGUCGACGGCGAGCAGCCGGCGUCCCCACCUGGACCCGCCGAGCGCUCGGUCCCCUCGCUCGACGAGAACUCGGCCUCGUCGAGCGCCGCCGUCACCUCGCCUCUCGCCGACCGUCCCGUUCUCGACGUCGACGUCGCACCUCCCGCCGUCGUCGACAGCGCCGACCAGCCUUCCUCACCCUCGUCCGCCCUCGCCGACCUCACCCUCUCCUCGCUCUCGUCGCCCGCUUCGCCAUCUCCCCUAACGUCACCUGUCGCCAUCGCGUCAUCCCCAGCAUCGCCGUCCUCGCCCACGCCGUCCUCGUUCGCCCGCUCCGCCGCGCCCUCGCCCACGACGCCCGCACGGCCCGCCGACGCGCACUCGAGCUCGCGAGCUCGCUCGUCGAGCAGCCCGUCGCGCUCCCCGACGAGCCCUACGUCGGCCACGGCACGCACGCCGUACGCGACGCGCUCGAUCGGGCGGCACCUCGUCGUCAGCGGGACCGAGUUCGAGCCGACCUGGGGCGAGGGGGCGGCGGCGCUCGCGGCGGCCGAGGGGGCGACAGCAGGAGACGAGCAGCGACGAGAAGGGUCGGGCGGCGGCGUUACUGGGGCGGCGGCGGCGGCGGACGAGGCGCAAGGGCACGGCGAGAACGCGCUCGAGCCGCUCGAGUCGGUCGAGGAGAGCCCUCGCUCAGCGCUGGACGCCGAGCCGGCUCUCGUCGCCUCGUCGCCGAGCGUUGAUGACGAGGGCCUCGAGCGGUCCGAGCCGGCAGCGCCGGCCGCCACGGUCGAGUCGAGCGCCCUUUCGCCUGGCCGCCCCGUCUCGCCCAUCCCCCUCUCUCGCCCACCUCCUCCCACCGGCUCCUUCCUCUUCCGCCUCGGCCUCGUCCCCGCCGCCACCGCCGCAACCAGCAGCGCCAUCUCGCUCUUCCUCCCCGCGCUCGGCCGCACCCCGAUCCCGGGCGCGUCCAUCCUCGCCGCGACCGCCGCCACGCCCUCGCCCGAGCACGCGCGCCGCGUCCCGCUCCCUCGCCUGACGAGCACGCGCCGUGCGACGGCCCCGUCGGCCGCAGAGGGUAAGGCGCUCCUCCUGCGCUGGGUCGACGAGGGCGACGCGCUCGACGACGACGGGCUCGACGCGGCGACGCAGCGGUGGGACGUCGAGAGCGGGCCAGCGUGGCGGUCCAGCCCGCACGAGUCGUACGGCGUCACGUUGCGCGAGGCGCGCAAGGUGAGCCCGCUCGGCGAGGCGGCGUACGUCGUGUUCGAGGUCGAGACGAUGUUCCCGUCGGCGGCGGCGACGGCGAGCGGCGACGAGGGCGAGCCGGGCUCGCUCGCCGGCUCGAACACGACGCUCGUCGUGCAUCGGCGAUACUCGCACUUCCUCGCGCUGCACACGCUCCUCUCGGCGCGGUACUGCGCGCCGCUCGUCGUCGUGCCGAGCCUGCCGCCCGGUGCGCCGCUCGCGUACGGCGCGGCGAGGUUCGACCCGGCGUUGGUCGAGACGAGGAGGAGGGAGCUCGAGGCGUGGCUGCGGCGGUGCGGGCGGCAUGCGGUGCUCGGGACGUGCGAGGAGAUGAGGGGGUUUCUCGCUCUCGAGGGGGACAAGGAGCUCGCGCAGCACCUUCUGCUCUCGCCGACGUCGCCACCCACACCUCCCCUCCCUCUCUUCCCAGCCCGCGUCUUCCACCCGCCGUUCAACCUCGACCUGGGCGACGCCGCCGAGCUCGUCGACCGCUUCGAGGCGCAUUGUCGGGCUGUCGAGACUGGGGGCGGCUGGCGAGCGGUUGAGGAGGCGGUAAGGAAAGGGAGGGAGGGCGAGCGAGGAGCCGCCAACGACUUGCAGCGCCUCGCCGACUCUCUCGUUCGCCUCGCGGCCGGCAUCGCCCUUCCGCCCACCUCGCUCGACAAGCUCCUCCCAGCAGCGCACUCGCCCAUCUACGACGAGGGCAUGACCGAUGUCCAGCAGCAGCAGCAGCGAGCGCGAGCUUGGGGCGUCCAGAACGAGGUCGGCGCGUUGAGCUGGCGCGAGGACGACGACGGUGCACUCGGUAUGUCAAAAGCUGUGCAGACGGCGGCCGAGGCCAUCGACAACGUGGCCGACGGACUCGACUUGACGGUUCGCGAAGAGCUGCUCGAGGUCGAGGCGCUCCUGCAUGACGAGGUCAACCCGCUCUCGCAAUACUCGGCCCUCAUCGACCUUCACCGCACCCUCCUGUCGCAGUACACGCGCCUGUCCCGCCUCUCGACCUCGGACCCCGAUCACGCGCUCGAGCCGCUCGGGCGGUGCGAGACGCUGCUCAACAUCACGAGCGCCGAGAUGGCCCGCAUCGCCGACGAGCGGACCGAGGUCCUCACCGACGCGGUCAAGAGCUGGCUCGAGGCGCAGGCCAGGCAGCACGAGCAGGCUCUCGCGCACCUGUCCUACGCCGCCUCGCACUUCUUGCCCGAGUCGCUCGCCGACCUCGCCCUCACCGGUCCUCGGCUUCGCUCAAGGCUCGAGGCGCGCGCUACGCCCCGCAAAUACUCGCCGCUCCUUGUCGCCGGCGUCUAUGGUCAAGCGGGCACGAGCGCAGGGUGAGAGUCGGGCGAGCUGGGGAAGGGCGGACUCGGACGGGACGAGCGAUGCAGAGAAGACGCGCAAGGGUGGCUCUCGUGCAAUGGCAGGCCUGUCUUACCUCGUU